AUGUCCAAGAAUGCGAGGCGAGACGAGACGAGGGGUGCAAGUGCGAGGCUCGGCCAAAAGAUGACGCUUGAAGGUGGGCAUGAGCCGGAAAGGCGAAAUGUUUCAUGUGCUUCGGGCUGCGUUGGCUGCGUAGGGAACUCCCUGAAGAAUUGGUGGGAGAUGAGGCGGUGCGUAUGGCACUGGCGGGGGGCCCUCCAAUAUGCGAGUCCCAGAUAUUCUGUAUGGAGUACGCUGUAUCUGUAUAGGCGUAUGGGACCCUGGGGAAACUUCUUCGACGACGACGAGUGUUCAAUGCGUGUGGCACUACUCCGUAAAUGGUAG